AUGUCCCUCAGUCCUGAUGGGAAGCCUUGGUUCCACGUGAGCCGUCACCAGCUGAGUUUGAGAACUGAUCUCCCACUGAUGUUCAAGUCUGUGACUCUGAUCUCUUGGGACCAACUGGUCAUUUUCAAAGCCAACUUGGGGCAGAAGAAUGGCACAAGGCCCAGCCAGCUUCCUGGCAUCUCUACAGCCAGCCUGAUAAUUCUCAUCAAAAACAACAUCUGGUUUUGUUUGUAUCUGAGAUCAAUAAUCCCUGAGGAGGGUUAUACCCACCCCCACAUCAUCACCAGAGAAAGAAAGCCAUGGAUUUCAGAAAAACCAGAGAUUGGUGAGAGCCAAGGAUUCACAGACACCUUUAACAUGGAUACCAGGAAUCCCCGAGUCAUCGCUGGUCCCAGUUCUGCCUUCUUUGGCUACACAGUCCAGCAGCAUGACAUCAGUGGCAAGAAGUGGUUGGUUGUGGGUGCCCCACUGGAAACCAAUGGCCACCAGAAGACGGGAGAUGUGUACAAGUGUCCAGUAACGCAAGGCAACUGCACCAAGCUCAACCUGGGCAGGGUCACUCUGUCCAAUGUGUCCGAGAGGAAGGACAACAUGCGUCUCGGCCUGAGCCUUGUCACCAACCCCAAGGACAACAGCUUCCUGGCCUGCAGCCCUCUCUGGUCUCAUGAGUGUGGAAGCUCCUACUAUACCACUGGCAUGUGCUCACGAGUCAACUCCAACUUCAGGUUCUCCAAGACAGUGGCCCCAGCGCUUCAAAGGUGCCAAACCUACAUGGACAUUGUCAUUGUCCUGGACGGCUCCAACAGCAUCUACCCCUGGGUGGAGGUCCAACACUUCCUCAUCAAUAUCCUGAAAAAGUUCUACAUUGGCCCUGGCCAGAUCCAGGUCGGAAUAGUUCAGUAUGGAGAAGAUGCGGUACAUGAGUUCCACCUAAACGACUACAAAUCUGUAAAGGACGUGGUGGAAGCCGCCAGCCACAUUGAGCAGAGAGGAGGGACAGAGACCCGCACAGCAUUUGGCAUUGAAUUUGCACGUUCAGAGGCUUUCCAGAAGGGUGGAAGGAAAGGGGCCAAGAAGGUGAUGAUUGUUAUCACUGAUGGGGAAUCCCAUGACAGCCCAGACCUGGAAAGGGUGAUCCGGCAAAGCGAGAAGGACAAUGUGACCAGAUACGCAGUGGCCGUCUUGGGCUACUACAACCGCAGGGGGAUCAAUCCAGAAACUUUUCUAAAUGAAAUCAAAUACAUCGCAAGUGACCCCGAUGACAAGCACUUCUUCAACGUCACAGACGAGGCGGCCCUGAAGGACAUUGUCGAUGCCCUCGGGGACAGGAUCUUCAGCUUGGAAGGCACCAACAAGAAUGAAACCUCUUUUGGACUGGAGAUGUCACAGACGGGCUUUUCCUCGCAUGUGGUAGAGGACGGAAUCCUGCUGGGAGCCGUGGGAGCCUAUGACUGGAAUGGGGCCGUACUGAAGGAGACAAGUGCCGGCAAGGUGAUUCCCCACCGGGAGUCCUACCUUAAGGAGUUCCCGGAGGAGCUGAAGAACCAUGCUGCAUACCUAGGCUACACAGUGACAUCGGUCGUGUCCUCCAAGCAGGGGCGGGUGUACGUGGCCGGAGCCCCCAGGUUCAACCACACGGGCAAGGUCAUUCUGUUCACUAUGUACAACAACCGCACCCUCACCAUCCAUCAGGCCCUUCGGGGCGAGCAGAUAGGCUCCUACUUUGGGAGUGAGAUCACCUCAGUGGACAUCAACGACGACAGAGUGACCGAUGUCUUGCUGGUGGGCGCCCCCAUGUACUUCAGCGAGGGCCGAGAGCGAGGCAAGGUGUAUGUCUACAAUCUGAGACAGAACCGGUUUGUUUAUAAUGGCACUCUGAAGGAUUCCCACAGCUACCAGAAUGCCCGGUUUGGGUCCUGCAUCGCCUCAGUUCAAGACCUCAACCAAGACUCCUACAAUGAUGUGGUGGUGGGGGCCCCUCUAGAGGACAGCCACAGAGGGGCCAUCUACAUCUUCCAUGGCUUCCAAAGCAGCAUCCUGAAGAAGCCCAUACAGAGAAUCGCAGCCUCAGAGCUGGCUCCUGGCCUGCAGCAUUUCGGCUGCAGCAUCCAUGGACAACUGGACCUCAAUGAGGAUGGGCUUGUGGACCUAGCAGUGGGUGCCCUGGGCAAUGCUGUGGUUUUGUGGGCCCGCCCCGUGGUGCAGAUCAAUGCCAGUCUCCACUUUGAGCCACCCAAGAUCAACAUCUUCCACAAGGACUGCAAGCGCAAUGGCAGGGAUGCCACCUGUCUGGCUGCCUUCCUCUGCUUCGUGCCUGUCUUCCUGGCACCCCACUUCCAAACAGCAACCGUCGGCAUCAGGUACAAUGCCACCAUGGACGAGAGGCGGUACAUGCCACGGGCACAUCUGGACGAGGGUGGUGACCAGUUCACCAACAGGGCUGUCGUACUCUCCUCAGGCCAGGAACACUGCCAAAAGAUCAACUUCCAUGUCCUGGACACUGCCGACUACGUGAAGCCAGUGACGUUCUCCGUGGAGUACUCCCUCGAGGACCCUGACUUUGGCCCCAUGCUAGACAAUGGCUGGCCCACAACACUCAGAGUGUCGGUGCGUGCCCUUUGGAAUGGCUGUAAUGAGGAUGAACACUGUGUCCCUGACCUUGUCCUGGAUGCUCGGAGUGAUCUGCCCACUGCCACGGAGUACUGCCAACGGGUGCUGAGGAAGACUGCACAGGACUGCUCCACCUACACGCUGUCCUUCGACACCACUGUCUUCAUCAUAGAGAGCACGCGUCGCCGGGUGGCCGUGGAGGCCACGCUGGAGAACAGAGGGGAGAAUGCCUACAGCACCAUCCUCAACAUCUCCCAGUCAGAAAACCUGCAGUUCGCUAGCCUGAUCCAGAAGGAUGACUCAGACAACAGCAUUGAGUGUGUCAACGAGAGAGACGGACUACACAAGAAAGUCUGCAAUGUCAGCUACCCCUUCUUCAGGCCAAGGCCAAGGUAGAGUCUGGGGGUGGCUUUCCGUCUGGACUUCGAGUUCAGCAAGUCUGUGUUCCUGCACCAUCUUCAGAUCCAGCUGGGUGCUGGCAGUGACAGUCAUGAGCAGGAGAGCACCACCGAUGACAACAUGGCCCUCCUUCGCUUCCAUCUCAAAUACGAAGCAGAUGUCCUCUUUACCAGGAGCAGCAGCCUGAGCCACUACGAGGUCAAGGCCAACAGCUCUCUGGAGAAAUAUGAUGGCAUUGGGCCUCCCUUCAACUGUGUUUUCAAGGUGCAGAAUCUGGGCUUUUUCCCUAUCCACGGGGUGAUGAUGAAGAUCACUGUGCCCAUCGCCACCAGGGGUGGGAACCGCCUGCUGAUGCUGAGGGACUUCUUCACCGACCAGGUCAACACAUCCUGUAACAUCUGGGGGAACAGCACAGAGUACCAGAGUGCCCCAACUGAGGAAGACUUGAGCCGUGCCCCACACCGGAACCAUAGCAACUCCGACGUGGUCUCCAUCACCUGCAACGUGAAGCUGACCCCCAACCAGGAAAUCAGAUUCUACCUGAUAGGGAACCUAUGGCUGAGGUCUCUGAAAGCACUCAAGUACAGAUCUCUGAAGAUCACAGUCAACGCAGCCUUGCAGAGGCAGUUCCACAGCCCCUUCAUCUUCCGAGAGGAGGACCCCAGCCGCCAGGUCACAUUUGAGAUUUCCAAGCAAGAAGACUGGCAGGUCCCCAUCUGGAUCAUCGUGGGCAGCACUCUGGGGGGCCUCUUGCUGCUGGCCCUGCUAGUCCUGGCACUGUGGCAGCUCGGUUUCUUUAAAAGUGCCAAGCGCAAGAGGGAGCCUGGACUGGGCCCUGUCCCCAAAGAGCUGGAGUGAGGAUCUAUCGGAGGCUUCGCGUUGAUGGGGGCCAGGCACCGGUCCAGGAGCUGCAGGCCCAGGCCUGUGGCCCCACAGAGCUGGGGCAAAGAGGAUGCCUGUGGACUUUGUGUUGAGCUCAUCUCUGGAGAGAUGGCGCCUGAUCCCUGUGGGAUGAACCUCAAGCCCAUGUUCGCAGCAACGUCUCUCCAAGAGGUUGAGUACUGAUCCCUAAGGACUUAAAGGGACCGCUCCAAGACCGGGCUCUGUGGAGGGAAUCUGCUGCCCCAAACACUAAGGUGCUAGGGCACUGUUAUCAUGCCCACCUCUGAAGAAACCCAAAGGGA